UGUUUUAGCUAUUUAAAAUCAAUCCACACAUUUUUUAUGUUUUCCAUUGCUCGUUUUUGUUUCUCUUUUGUUAAAAUUACUAUCGAUUUGGUAAAAAUAAACAAAAUUUGAUGAUGAGUGAAGAAGUAAUUGACAAGAACACUUCCUUGUCAAGUCUUAGCUACCCAAAGCACAUACCAGAGAUUAAGUUCGGUCCUAUCAAGGACGAAAUGGGUUUCACGCUCAGCGAAAGAUUGGCCCUCAGACAGGCGUGGAACUUGGUCAGACCCUUUGAGCGACGCUACGGUCAGGACGUAUUCUAUAGCUUCCUAAAUGAUUACUAUUGGGGUAUUAAGAAGUUCCGGAACGGAGCUGAGCUCAACGUGAAAGCCCUGCACUCGCAUGCCCUGCGAUUUAUCAACUUUUUUGGACUUCUAAUCGAGGAGAAGGAUCCAGUAGUGUUCCAGCUGAUGAUAAACGACAACAACCACACCCACAGUCGCUGCCAAGUGGGCUCUGUUUAUAUUGGGCAUCUGGCCCAGGCCCUGGUGGACUAUGUGCUGAAGGUGUUCCACAAGGUCAGCUCCCCCUCGCUGGAACGGGGUUUGAGCAAACUCGUGGAGAAGUUCCAGAACUACCAGGACCAGCAGUCGAAUACCUCCGGAUACAAUCGCCUGAGCAAGGUCAAUUUUGAGUCACGACCGUCCAGAGGAAACCCAUAGGAAACCCAAAGGAACCUCAGUUUAAACCAACCGGAAUCCCAUAGGAAACCCAAAGGAAACCCAGUGGUAGUCCAGGCCAUUGAAUCGGAUUUGGAAUUAUAUCGGGCUGCGCCAUUCUGCCGCUGUCUCUGCCGCAGCCACUGCCUCUGCCACCGCGAUAUCAGGCUUCUAGUAUCAGCCUCUGUCGCAGUCGCCGACGCAGUGGGCGCUUAUUUCGCUUAGCUGCUAAGCGAUUUCCUUGGAGAAAUUCAGUUCAGCUCGGACGCUCGUCGUGCCAUCCACACGUUUCGAUAGUUAAGGCUUUCAGGGAACUGGAGUGAUCGGAAAAGUGGCAGUAGCAAAGUAAACACGAAUAAAACGAACAUAUAGCCUCGCAAUUGCGGGUAAAUCGGCUAAUCGUCUAAAAA